CAGGAAAGGCACAAAGCUACACAGAGAAACCCUGUCUCGAGAAAACAAAAAAACAAACAAACAAAAAAAGAUUCAUUUAUUUAUUUAUUAUGUAUACAGUGUGCUGUCUGCAUGUCUGCCUGCAGGCCAGAAGAGGGUACCAGAUCUGGUUACAGAUGGUUGUGAGCCAUGUGGUUGCUGGGAAUUGAUCUCAGGACCUCUGAAAGAACAGCCAGUGCUCUUAACCACUGAGCCAUCUCUCCAGCCCCUCUUUAUAUCUCUUAAUAGGCGUUUCUCCUGCAAGGCUGUAUCCCAGACAAAAUGUUUAGAAAUGACAGAUGUGAACCUCAUUGUUCAGCUUUUGUUUUCUAAAAUGAGUUGAUGAUUAGAACUUUUGUGUCAUGGAAUAACUGUGGGAAGCCCCAGAAUUAUAUGAAUAUACUGCCAAAGAAGUAUACAUCACCAUGCUGUCAGUAUCACACUUUCUGUUGUACACAUGUAUGGGAUAUUUUAGACUGCAGUGACCUAUGAUGAUGUGCAUAUUGACUUCACUUGGGAGGAGUGGACUUUGAUGGAUCCUUCCCAGAAGAAUCUCUACAAAGAUGUAAUGUGGGAGACCUACAGAAACCUUACUGCUGUAGGCUACAGUUGGGAAGACCAUGAUAUUGAAGAAUAUUGUCAAAGUUCUGGAAGACUUAGAAGGUACAAAGAACAUCAUAUUGGGGAGAAACCCUCUGAAUAUACUCAAUGUUCAAAAGCAUUUUUAUAUUAUGGUCAUCUUCAGAAUAAUGAAAGUAUUCAUACUGGAGAGAAACUCUAUAGUUGUAUUCAAUAUGAUGAAGCCUUUACACACAACAUUAGUCUUCAAAUUUAUAAAGAAACACAUACUGGAAAGAAAAUCAUUGAGAGUAAUCAGUGUGGUAAAGCCUUCACAAGUCAUGAUCAUUUUCAAAUACAGAAAGGAACACAUACUGGAGAGAAACCCUAUGAAUGUAAUCAAUGUGGUAAAGCCUUUGCAUGUACCAGUAGACUCCGAAGACAUGAAAGAAGACAUGCUGGAGAGAAACCCUAUGAAUGUAAUCAAUGUGGUAAAGCCUUUGCAUAUGCUAGUAAUCUCCGAAGACAUGAAAGAACACAUACUGGAGAGAAACCCUACAAAUGUAAUCAAUGCGAUAAAGCCUUUUCACAAAACAAUACUCUCCAAAUACAUAAAAGAACACAUUCUGGAGAGAAACCCUACAAAUGCAAUCAAUGUGAUAAAGCCUUUGCAUGUGGCACUAGUCUCCAAAUACAUGAAAGAACACAUUCUGUAGAGAAACCCUACAAAUGUAAUCAAUGUGAUAAAGCCUUUUUACAACACAGUUAUCUCCAAAUACAUAAAAGAACACAUACUGGAGAGAAACCCUACAAAUGUCAUCAAUGUGAUAAAGCCUUUUCACAACACAGUUAUCUCCAAAGGCAUGAAAGAACACAUAGUGGAGAAAAACCCUACAAAUGUAAUCAAUGUGAUAAAGCCUUUUUACGACCUAGUUGUCUCCAAAUACAUGAAAGAAUGCAUUCUGGAGAGAAACCCUACAAAUGUAAUCAAUGUGAUAAAGCUUUUGCAUGUGCCAGUACUCUCCAAAUGCAUGAAAGAACACAUACUGGAGAGAAACCCUACAAAUGUAAUCAAUGUGAUAAAGCCUUUUUAAAACAUAGUCAGCUCCAAAUACAUGAAAGAAUACAUUCUGGAGAGAAACCCUACAAAUGUAAUCACUGUGAUCAAGCCUUUGUAUGUUCCAGUAGUCUCCGAAAACAUGAAAGAACACAUUCUGGAGUAAAACCCUACAAAUGUAAUCAAUGUGAUAAAGCCUUUUCACAAAACAGUCAUCUCCAAAGACAUGAAAGAACACAUUCUGGAGAGAAACCCUACAAAUGUAGUCAAUGUCAUAAAAACUUUUCACGACACAGUCAGCUCCAAAUACAUGAAAGAACACAUUCUGGAGAGAAACCCUACAAAUGUAAUCACUGUGAUCAAGCCUUUGCGUGUUCCAGUAGUCUCCUAAAACAUGAAAAUAUACAUUCUGGAGUGAAACCCUACAAAUGUAAUCAAUGUGAGAAAGCCUUUUCACAACACAGUCAUCUCCAAAGACAUAAAAGAACACAUUCCGGAGAGAAACCCUACAAAUGUAGUCAAUGUCAUAAAAACUUUUCACGACACAGUUAUCUCCAAAGACAUGAAAGAACACAUUACUGGAGAGACAUCCUACAAAUGUAAUCAAUGUGAUGAAGUCUUUUCACAACACAGUAACCUUUAAAUUCAUGAAAGAACACAUACUGGAUGGAAACCCUAUGAAUGUAAUCAAUAUGGUAAAGCCUUUGCAUGUACCAAUGGUUUCUGAAGACAUGAAAGAACACAUACUGGAGAGAAACCCUACAGAUGUAAUCAAUGUAAUAAAGGCUUUUUACAACACUCUAAUGUCCAAAUACAUAAAAGAACAAAAUCUAGAGAGGAAACCCCAUGAAUGUAGUCAAUGUGAUAAAGCCUUUGCAUGUGCUGGUAAUCUCUGCAUACAUAAAGGAACUCAUACUGGAGAGGAACCUUACAAAUGCAAUCAAUAUAAUAAAGCCUUUAUAUGACACAGUCAUGUCCAAAUACAAAAGAAAUGCAUUCUGGACAGAAACUAUGAAUUUAAUGAAUGUGGCAAAACCUUUGUAUAUCUCAACAAUCUCAGAAUACAUAAAAGAAUACAUACUGGAGAGAAACCCUAAGACUGCAAUCAGUGUGGUAAAGCCUUUGCAGUUCAAUAAAUAACAUAUACUGGAGAGAAGCCCUGCUGUGGGGUGGUCUUGAAGCUAUAUUUUAAGACUGCUAUGAGCCCUUUCUAUAAUACCUUGUCCCUGAGGAUUAUAAGGAAUACCUGUUUUAUGUUCAAUUUUCCAUUGGGUACAAAAUUGUUGAAAUGCCUUACUACUAUAUCCAGAGCCAUUAUCAGUUUUAAUAAUGUUUGUUAUACCCAUAUACAAAAAACACUUCAAGCAGUGUGUAAUUACAUGCUUUGUAGCU